AUGGGCGUGCUGACGCUGAACGUGCUUUGGCGGGCCGCCGACGGGGAGACGACGAAGAAGACGAUGCAGUUCGACUCGAAGAUGCUCAUCUACGACGUCAAUCAGAUGAUCCGCGACAAGCUCGGGCUCAGGGACAUCAAGCCGCAGGAGUACGGGCUGCUCCGCGUCGACGAUCGCGACGAAACGAAGAGCCUCUGGAUGGACUCGGGCAGACCGCUCGAGUAUUACCUUGUACACAACCACGACACCGUGGAAUACGGUAAGAAGACACGACUUCUCAAGGUUCGAAUGCUUGACGGGGCCAUCAAGACGGUCGGCGUCGACGAGAGCCAGCCCGUGCAGCAGUUGAUGACCACCAUAUGCGGCAAGAUUGGCAUCAGCAACAGCGAGGAGUACAGUCUGGUUCGCGAGACCGAGAAAGACAGCAAGGCGCGGUCGAUGCACAAUCUUCGAGACAUCCGAGACCGAGCCGCCGAGGAGCAGAAGAAGGAGAAGGGCCUCCUCUCGGGCACACUGGGCCGCAAAAAGGAGCAGAAAAUGGAGCAGUUGAGGCAGAAGCUACAUACCGACGAGGAGAUACCGUGGAUUGAUCACAAUAAGACACUGCGGGAGCAAGGGAUCUCCAUUGAUGAGACUCUGCUUUUAAAGAGGCGUUUCUUCUUCUCCGACACAAAUGUCGACAGCCGGGACCCGGUGCAAUUGAAUCUGCUGUACGUGCAGUGCCGAGAUGGAGUACUGUCGGGUGCACAUCCGGUGCAGCGCGAGACUGCCCUCACCCUGGCCGCCCUACAAUGCCAGAUUCAGUACGGCGACUUCCCGGAGAACAAGCCGAAAUUUGUUAUUGAUGCUCGUGAUCUUCUGCCGAAGGAAUAUGAGAAGAAGCGCUCCGAAUUCGAGAAGGAGAUUACGCAGAUGUACAAAGAAUUGUCCGGAACCGGCGAGCUCGACGCCAAGAGCCGCUACGUGCAGAUGUGCCGCGGCCUGAAGACUUACGGCGUCACCUUCUUCGUUGUCAAGGAAAAGGUCAAUGGCAAGAACAAGCUGGUGCCUCGUCUCCUCGGAAUCAACAAGGACUCGAUCAUGCGCGUCGACGAGAAGACGAAGGACAUCUUGAAGGAGUGGCCACUGGAGCAGGACUUUGGCGACUACCAAGAUGGUUACUACUGGGUGAACACACCGGAAGGAGAGCGAAUCGCAGCUCUUUUGGCUGGCUACAUCGACAUCAUCCUGAAGAAGCGCAGAACGGCUGACCACCGGGGAAUUGAGGGAGACGAGGGGUCGACGAUGCUGGAAGAUAUGGUCGCACCGGCCAGGGCUACACUGGUGGCGCACGGUCAGAUCGGGGACGGAUCACACCAACAGGCCGUCCAUGGGAACGUGGCGGUGCCGGGCGUCCUUCGCUCGUCCGCCACCCCAACCGGUUACGGUAUCAACGGUGCCCAAUAUGGUGCCGUCUCGGGCCAGAUCAUCUCGCAGUCGAUGCCCAGGGGUGAACGCGUCCGUGUCGUCGAGAGCCGCGACCGCGCCCAGCGCGCCCUCGUUGGAACCAUCGAGGCUUCGAUCCGGGCCGUCGAUGAAGCCGAGGAGGAGCUACAGAAGGAGCCCGAGAUCGAGCUGCCCAAGUUCCCAGAGGAUCCGAACUCGAGGAGGUGGGUCGAACACCAGCGCGACCUCGGCAAGGAGAACGUCAACGAGAGGCUGGCAGCGAUGGGCGCAGCCACAGCUCAGGUUGUCCAAUGGACGGCCGUGCAGGAGGAAUACGACGAGAGGGUCGGGUCCGCAAUCGCGACCAUCGGCGGAAAUCUACCCGAGAUGGGGCGCGACGUGCGCGACUUGGCUGCGUUGAUGCCCAACGAGAGGCGCGGGGAUUUGAUUGACGCUGCCCGCCGUCUCUGCGGCGCUUUCGGAGACUUCCUGACCUCGGUCAACCCCGAGCAGGAGGAGAAGCGCACGGUCAUCCUGGCCGCCGCCGGACGUGUCGGAGACGCCUCGCACAACAUGAUCAACACCAUCGACGAGCCGACAUCGCACGAGACGACGUUCCACUCGGAGCUCGUGCAAAAGUCGAAGACUGUCGCCACGUCGACGGCCCAGCUGGUGUUGAGAGCCAAAACCGUCGCCGCGGAAUGCGGGGAGAACGAGCAAGUUCAGGACCGUGUCAUCCGGUCGGCCACCCAGUGCGCGUUCGCCACCUCGCAACUGCCGCCAAGGAAGUAUCAACCGCCGUCCAAGACCUCCUCAACGAGUCCGACUACGCCGUGCAAACUGUACAACGUGGUCAUCAGACGCUCGGCGACCUUCACGAAGCCGCCCGCCAAGUCACCUCAGCCCUCGAUGACCUGCUCGACCAUGUCAAGACGUCCCCCCAAGGGUCAGGAGCAGCAUGGCGAUGAACAGUGGGAGCAUGUGCUCCGCUCUUCCAACCGACUCGUCACCCACCAGGGGCCCACCCAAGAUCUGGUGAAGCAGAGCGAGCGUGUUGUGCGCCAUUCGCAGCUUUUGGUCGAGGACUUUGAGCGUCAGGCGACGCAACAUCCAGAGCAUAAAGAUCGUCUACUGGAUGCUGCCCGAAAGGUCGCGUCCGCAACAAGCAACAUGAUCGAUGCGACGAAGGAGUGCGAGUACCGCCCGAAUGCUGUGGAGAGCCAGAUGGCUGUUCGUUCCGCCGCUGAGAACCUGCUGACCGCUACGAACGAGGCGACGGCUGAUCAGCAACAGCAGAAGACGAUGCAACGACUCGAACAAGCUGCGCGAGACACUGCUUAUCACGCCACGCAAACCGUCACUGCCGCCAACCAAGUGAAGGAGGCGCCGAAGGAGAAGCGGAUACGCACCGAGGUGACCGAGGAGCUGCUGGUAGAUGACGACCACCAAGUGCUCGUGGAGCUCAUCAAGAACAAGACGGUCACCGAGACGCUGAUCGUCGAGUGCACCGAUACGGCUAGUCAGAUUCAGCAUGUGGUCCCCCUCAUCCGUGAGAGUCAAGAAGCCCAAACGCCACAUCAGAAGUUCCGCGCUCAAUCCCGGCUGAUUCGCCAGGCGCAUCACCUCGUUGAGCCAGCCACCCGCCUCACCGACGUCGCCCAACAGGCCGUGGUCCACGUCCCAGAACCCCAUCUGGCCAACCACCUCCAGGCCUCCGCCACCCAGCUCCACACACAACUCGCCGAACUGCGCACCGCCAUCAACAACGCCCAGCAGCUGAACUUUGCGCAGCAACUGCUCUACUCAGAGGAGCUGAUCAAGGAGCUCGACGAGGAGCUGAAGGAGGUGCAACGCCGCGCCCACGCCGAUACGCUCGAGGUCCCCAGGAAUCUUACGCACGACGGCGCGAAUGCGCAGUUGGUGAACGCGUGCCGGGAGCUCGGGUCGAACUUGGCGCAGUUGGUGUCGGCGGCGAGUAUGAGGGAUAGGCAUCAUACUGGGAGCAGUGCGGUUGCGGCCGCCCAGUCGUUGAGAGGCUUCACGGACUCGAUACGGGAUUCUGUGGCCACGAGGGGCCCCGAAUUGCCGGUUGAUCAAUUUAUCGUGUCCGCGCGGUCUGUAGUUGAUCAAUCGGGGAGGAUCUUCGACAAGGCCAGGGAGGAAGCACCGCCACAGCAGUUGGCUGAGGUCGCCAAGCAGGUCUCGACGAGUCUGAGACAGGUGAUCGGCUGCCUACCCGACAAACAACACAUCGACCGCGCCGUCCAACAAAUUCGCCAAGUCGGAGCCUCGUCUGUCGUCCGCGAGCCGGACGUCCGUGUCGCCGCCUCGCGCCUCGUCGAGUCCGCCUCCUCACUUCUCGUUGCUGCCCGCAGACCGUCGCACAACGAGAGCGUGAACGUCUUCGUGCACUCGUACACCGACUUCCACACUGCCGUCAUUGCAGCCAUUCGGGAACAACCCCACAUGGAACAACGUGCCCUGACCAUUGACCAGCUUGAAAACGCGCGCGAGGGCGCUGUCGAUGUGCUCACUCGCGCCGCUGCCGCGUCUUCGAACAGUGACGCGGCCAACACGCAGAUGCUCACACAGGCCACAAAGAACCUCACUGAAACGGUGAACACCCUGGUCGAGUCGGUCUCCAGCGAGCAGCCGUGGCAGCGUGAGUGUGACGCCGCCCUCCGCCAGAUCCAGUCGACGAUCCCCAUCGCCGAGCAGGCCAUCCUGCCCCUCAAUGACGACUCCUACUUUGCCAGCCUCGAAAAGGUCACCGAACAGGCACGCCGUCUCGGCGAGGCAAUGAACAGCCUUGCACGGAGCACGAAGCACGAGGACAAGCAGAUGUUCAACCAAUCCGUGCGCCAAUCCGCAGAUGCCGUCUGCUCCCUUGCCGAAGCCGCCGCCCAGUCGGCCUACCUCGUCGGGGUGGCCCACCCGCGCUCCGUUCGCGGCCAGGCCGCCCUCAUCGACGGCCCCAAGGUGAACAGAUCAUCAACGCUCGUCAAGCAGGUCUGCGAGCGUAUCGCCCAGGAGCGCUACACGCAGCCCGAGAUCCUCAACGACGCCACCGUCGUCGCCAAGCACACCUCGCAACUGGCCCAGCUGUGCCGUACAGCCAGCGAACGCACCGCCAACGUCAACGUCAAGAAGCAGUUCAUCAACUGUGCCCGAGAGGUGGCCAGCAAGACGGCCGAGCUGAUUCAGAACGUCAAAGAGUUGGACAAGGCCCCCACCGCCCCAACGCAGCAGGCGUGCACAAGGUCUGCGGCCGAACUGCACCAAUCUGUCGAGCAGCUCGAGGCGUAUGUGCAGAACCCCGAGUUCGUCGCCAAGCCGGCUACGAUAAGCCCGGAAGGGCGUGACGCGCAGGUGCCCAUCCUUGGCUCGACACGUUCUACCCUCGAGACCAGCGCCCAAAUGAUCAUCACCGCUAACCAGCUGGCCGCUUCUCCUCGAGACCAGAUGAUGUGGCAACAGUUGGCCGACAACUCUCGUGGCGUCUCCGACUCCAUCAAGCGCCUCGUGACGGCCAUCCGGGAUGCUGCUCCUGGUCAACGGGAGUUGGACACCACCCUCAAACGCCUUGAUGAAAUGAUCCGAGGUGUUGAUCGUGCCAUGAUGGAGGUCCAGGUCAACCCCGGGGCCAAGACCACCGUCGAGAAGCGUGUGCAGCAACAGAUCAUGCACUACACCCAGAAUCUGCACGACAAGGUGGAGCCCCUCAGGCAGGUAGCCAUCAACAAGUCCGAAGAGUUGGGCCACCACGCCAUGGAACAUCUAGCCCUCACCCAACCGCUCGUCGACUCGGCCAUCCAGGCCGCCACCGCCACCUCAAACUCCAACGACCAGAUCAAGCUGUUCGAUCAGUGCCGCACCGUUGUGGAAGCGGAAAUGCAGAUGAUGUACGCGUGCAAGAACUCGGCCGGAAAUCCGAAGGCCAAAGAGGCACAUCAGAGCCUUGAUGAGGCCAGUCAACAAUACAGAGAGGCCCUCUCCGACAUGAGAAACACCGUGAAUGCCAUCAGCUCCGAGCAGGGCGUCACGGAGGGUAUGGUCGAGACCAUCUCCCGCUCCAUCGUCAUCACCGAUCACGUCGACUCGAGCUACGCCGCCGGCGGCACGUUCGCCGAUGCUCAGACCGGAAUGACGCGUCUUCUCGAAGAAAUUCGGGCCACCGCUUCUGACAUGCCCUACGCCGAGCCGGUCAACUUGGGCGCAAUGUCGUUGAACAUCAGCGAAAAGUUCCACCAGCUGGCCAAGGAAUGUGCGAGGGCCCAGGCCCUCCUCCCCAACAUCCCAGACCUCGCCACCAAGCUCAAGGUGUCCGUUCAGAAACUCGGAAUGUCCUGUACGGAGGUGGUGAUCAAGGCUGGGCAACGUCGAGCUCACCCCGCAGAUCAGCGCACCAAGAAGGAACUGCAUGAGCACAGCCAAGAGGUUGUCGAGCGAGUUCAGGAAGUGUUGGCGGUGCUGAACAUGGAGCGGAAGGGAACCCAGGCCUGUAUCAAUGCCGCGAAUACAGUUUCCGGAAUUAUUGGCGACUUGGACACGACCAUCUUGUUUGCUACGUCCGGAAGCCUGAACGCCACGGACACGCUCAGCUUUGCGCAGCAUCGCGAUCAAAUCCUGAAGACUGCGAAGGCACUCGUCGAGGACACGAAGGCACUUGUCGCAGGCGCCGCAUCCAAUCAAGAACAACUUGCUGUCGCCGCUCAAAAUGCGGUGAGGACCAUCGUCUCCCUGUCGGACGCCGUCAAGAACGGGGCCGUCGCGUUGAACAACACCAACUCGGAGACGCAGGUUCUUGCCCUACACGCUGUUCGUGACGUUGCCAGCGCCCUCUGCGCCCUCAUCCAGGCGACCAAAAACGCAAACGGGUGCUCGCACGAGGACCCCGCAAUGGGAGAUCUCAAAGAAGCCGCUAAGACCAUGGUCAGCAACGUGACCUCGUUGCUGAAGACCGUCAGGUCGGUGGAGAAUGAGAAUCAGCAAGGGACCCGGGCUCUCGAAGCAGCCAUCGACGCGAUUAACCAAGAGUUGAAGCAGUACGACAACAGCACAGAGGGCCCGAGCCAGGCCGCACAUCCCGAUGAGCUGAGGAGGGUUGGGGCCCAUGUGACCCAGGCGACGACCAAGCUGGCGACAGCUGCUUCAUCCCUCAAUCAAGGGGAUGUCAUUGCCGCAUCGAACAUGGCGAGGACGGCCGUGUCGGGGUUGCUGCUCACAGCGAGGAGCACGGCGAUGAAUGCCGACUCGCCUGAAGUACGCUACAGGACUAUGGACGCUGGAAGGGAUGUGGCUGUUCAGGUUCGCGACCUGCUCGGCUGCUUGUACGCCAUCGUCGAGAAGAAGGACCCGAACGCCCGGCAGGCGCUGCUCAACUCUGCACGCGGCGUCGCCAAGGCAGUCAAGGACUUGACGGGAUGCGCCGAGUUGCUGAAGGGUGACACCUGGCAGGGCCCUUCGGAUCCGACGGCCAUCGCCGAGAACGAACUGCUUGGCGCCGCCAGCGCCAUCGAAUCGGCGGCCGUCAAGUUGGCCGAGUUAAGGCCACGCCCACAGCCGAAGGUCGACGACAACCUGACGUUCGACGAGCAGAUCCUCGGCGCUGCCAAGUCGGUGAUGAACGCCGUGCAGACGCUGGUCCGAGCGGCCGGGAAUGCACAGCGCGAGCUCGUCGCCCAGGGAAGGACGAACGCGCAGACACCUUCGGGAGGCGAAGACUUCCAAUGGUCCGAGGGGUUGAUUACCGCCGCCAAGGUCGUCGUCGCCGCAGUUCACCAACUCUGCGAAUCAGCCAACGCUCUCGUUCAAGGUCAGGCCAGCGAGGAGAAGCUGAUCUCGGCCGCCAAGCAGGUCGCCGCAUCGACAGCGCGACUCUUGAUGGCAUGCAACGUGAAGGCGGAUGGGGACAGCCAGGCGAGAAGCCGACUUCAGACCGCCGGUCAUGCCGUCAAGACGGCGACCGAGAGGCUGGUAAACGCAGCGAGACAUGCUGCGGCUGCUGAAGAUGAACGUCACUUCGUCAUCUCGGAGAAGCUUGUCUCUGGCAUUGCGCAAGUGAUGGACGCCCAAGAGGAGGUGCUUCGAAAGGAGCGCGAGCUCGAGGCGGCCCGUGUCAAGCUGGCCGAGAUGAACAAGGCACGGUACAAGCACCAGCCAUCCCCCGAUGAG